GACGAGACAUUUGCGCAAUUCAAGGACAUCUUCUCCAAGUUCGCCGCUACAGACGCAGAUGCCUCUCAAACGGAGGCUGGCCCCUCCUCAUCGUCCAAAAAGGGCGACGUCAUCUACUCGGACGAUGAAGACAUGUCCGACUCACAAGCCUCGGAUCGAGAAGAUGGCGAAGCGCGUGCUACAUUGUCCAAGCGCAAACAGAAGAAGCUCUCACGGCUCAGCGUCGCCGAGCUGAAACAGCUCGUCAGGAAGCCCGAAGUCGUCGACUGGUCAGACGUGAACGCUACGGAUCCUACUUUGCUGGUCCACAUCAAGUCCAUCCGCAACACGGUCCCUGUCCCCGCGCAUUGGAGUCAGAAGAGGGACUAUCUCCAGAACAAGCGAGGCAUCGAGAAACCGCCAUUCGAGCUGCCCGCCUACAUUGCGGACACAGGCAUAGGCACGAUGAAGGACGCCAUCAAUGAGAAGGAGGCAGAGCAGUCUCUCAAGACAAAGACGCGAGAGCGAGUGCAGCCCAAGAUGGGCAAGGUUGUCGUCGAUUACCAGAAGCUCUUUGACGCUUUCCAUCGCUUCCAAACUAAGCCACCACUGAGCAGCUACGGGGAGACGUACUACGAAGGCAAAGAGUACGAGACGAAAUUCAAGGAGCGCAAGCCGGGCAAUCUCUCACAAGAGUUGAAAGAGGCGCUGAGCAUCCCUCCGCUCGCACCUCCACCAUGGUUGAUUGCGCAACAACGCUUUGGACCUCCGCCUAGCUACCCUUUCUUGCCCAUCCCAGGUCUCAACGCUCCGAUACCAGAUGGAGCGCAAUGGGGCUUCCAUCCAGGAGGGUGGGGUCGUCCGCCCCUCGACGAGUACGGUAAUCCGCUCUACGGCGAUGUACUAGGCGCGGCGGCUCAGGCUCAGGCGCAAGGUGCGAACUUCAGCAUCGCAGCCGCGGCGGCACUGGCGGGUGAGCAGCCUGCGAUCAGAGAGCCAUGGGGCGAGUUGGAGCCGGAGGAGGACGAGGAGAGCGAGGAGGAAGAGGAAGAGGAAGAAGAGGAGGAUGAGGACGGUGAAGCGAUGCAAGAGGACCAGGCGGCCGCUGGAGGGUACUCAGAGCAAGAUCUCCCCGCCGACGGACUCGAGACGCCCGGCGGUAUGCAGUCUGUGGCUUCCACUAUCCCUAGCGGGUUGGAGACUCCGGACUUCAUCGAGCUUCGCAAGCAAGGCAGAGGCGGCACGGCCACGCCUGCCAUGGAAGAUGUCCGACCGCAAGCGCAACGCAGCCUCUACCAGGUAUUGCCGGAGAGAGAGACGCGCAUCUCUGGCUUGAUGGGGAGUGAGCACGGCUACGAUCUCAACAGCGGCAGCGGAAGUCGCCCGCCACCAAAUGCGCCCGUGCUAGGCGCCGAAGACUCACCCGCUCGCGGCAGCAAGCGGUCUGCAGCUGGCAACGUAGAGGUUGCUCUGGACCCUUCAGAGCUCGAGGGCAUGUCCGAGCAGGAGCUUCAGCAGCGCUACGAGGCCGCGAGGGCUACGCGCGGGGGUGGUGCUGAUCCUGGAGGCGUAGGCGGUGGUGAGGAUUUGAGCUUGUUGCGGGAGGAGCUGAGCAGGAAGAGGAGGCAGACGGAGGAGAGACGGCGAGAGAAG